AUGCAGCGCCUGGGUGUGAUCGAGCCAUCCCAGGCCGAGUGCAGCCUGGUGGUCAUUGUGGUGAAGAAGGAUGGCUCUCUGCGCAUCUGCAUCUACUUCAGGAAGCUGAUGGGCCAAAGAAGAGGCAAAGUAUCGCGGCUUCCGGCUGGGACAAGGAAGUGUGGACCCCAGAUGGCUGAGGUAGAGGCCAUGCCCUCGAACAAAGGAGUCCUCAACUCCUUCUUGGGCUUGGCCGACUAG